CCUUUCUCGGAGAAGAUUCGCGGAGGCUUCUCCAAGGUGGGUGACAAGGAGAACUUCCAGAACCUCCGAGCUUCUGGGCACGGUGAGUGGCGGUUGGAAUGGAGGUGAGAAUGAGAGGCUGGAUGAGGUGGCCACCUCGAGGUCUUGGGUUUCUGUAUGUGUGAAAGACGUGCAGCCGCACACACAAAGAAUUGAUGUGUUUUCAGUGUGGAUUUGGCCCCAAUCUUGCUUUGAACCACCCUUCUGUGCCGUGGCACAAAGAACAAGACAAGGUAUUGGGCCAGCCCUCCUCCACAGAAAAAUCAAAGUGGUUGUGGAGAAAGACACAAGCAGGUCACACCGGUCGCUUCUUUCGACACCGUUCUCUCCGGUCGGGACACCGGUGGCUCGACUCGUCCCGCCAGAAACUCGGUCGUUGUCUCGACACGUGGUCUCCACACGAGGCGGCGGAGAUCAAACAUGGGCGCGUGGCCAUGAUGGCGGCGCUCGGAGCGGUGGUGCAGCACUACGUGAAGUUCCCCGGAUUCGAAUCUGUCCCCGCAGGCAUUGGUGCGGUGACCACCCCGCCUGGAACCUACGGUUUUGCGGCGCUCCUUUUGCUCUCGGGUGCCAUGGAGCUGGCCGUGUGGACUCAGGACCCGAACAAGGAGGCGGGUGACUUCGGCGAUCCUUUGGGCCUUGGCCAGUACAACGAGGAGUUCCGCAACAAGGAGCUGAACAACGGCCGCUUUGCCAUGUUCGCAGCGCUCGGCAUUAUCUCAGCCGACCUGCUGACUGGCAAGGCCAUCUAUUGUCGCCAGGUGCCACUUGGCGCUUCACGGAGUGUUCCGGCGGUUUCACCCAUGCUCAGCUGAGCUGCCGAAGCUUCAGACUAUUGAAGUACAUCCUAUGACAUGGUCGCGUCAUGGAUGCCACAAGUAAACCAAGAAACUGCUUCC